AAGAAAUACUGCGCUCCGAAGGACAGGGCUCGUUAUCUCUAAAACAUUUUACCUGGGGACUCGAUGGAAGCUGCUGCAUUCCAUCUAACAUCCACUGCAAAGGUCAAGGACGUUGAGUGAACCCACCUGCCUGUCCAGCGACGUGUGGAUUAUUUUUUCUAGCUUUUGUGCUGUCUGUUAUUCUGCUAUAAAGAAAAUACAAACAUCUCCGCAGGGAGAGAAAAAUGACCCAUUCAUACCUGCUGUUAAAUAGCACUCUGCUAAUAUAUGAUGGCCCACAAAAGAACCACAACUUGGUUAUUAGAUCUGAAGAUGCUCCAUCUCCAUUGUAUCCUUAAUGCUAGGCCUUGUCUUCUACACCGCCUCGGUAAUCAUGAUCAUUUUAUCCAAUUGGGUUCCGCAGCUGCUGUGAAAUGCGACUCCUUCACCGCGGAUAAAGGGAUGCAACAAUAUAUGAAGCUAAUCAUCACAUCAUCAAUGCCUAAAACAAAAGAUCAGCAAUCGUAUCACCAGAGGAAGGUAGCUGACAAUUUGGAUAUUAAAGUGUUUUACACCUCUUGAACUGUGCAGAUCACAAUUACGGCAACUAGACUUUUAUUAUUAUUUGCUCGGGAAAAGAGCUUGGUGUUCUUUUUCGCGUUUUAAAACACUCACGUCGUAUCCUUAGAAUGAAUAAGAAAUGCAUAUGCAGCCUCGUCAUAAAGCACAUUUUCCCCCCACACCAAGGAACCCUCUUCCCCCAUCAAAGCCCGCAGAUGUGAAGUAGAUUACUCCCCCUCGUCGCCCCUCCUCUUGCCAGCCCCUAUUUCCACUGCAAAGAAAGAAAUCAUUCAGCCUCAGCCUUUUCUACAUGCGUCCCCCUCCCCUACCUUUCCCUCCCGGCAGCAGACAGGAGACGGCCACGCUCUCCAGCCAAACCCUAAUUGAGUGUGUGUGUGUGUGUGUGUGUGUGUGUGUGUGUGUGCAUUUCUUCUUCUUCUUCUUCCCUGACAUGAAGAAGUCGUGAGCAUUUGUUCUGCGAGCCUGUGAAUGGUCGUUCUGAGCCUCUUGAAUCGUUUAGGUGGACUGAAAAAAAAGUGGAGGUGGCAGAAUUUAGCUGUGACGAACCGGAGUUUUGGCUACCAUGUGGUGUUGUUGGACGCACCUCGUCCUGGCCUGGGUAUCCAUGGCGACCCCGACGCUUUGCCAAAGCGGAGAUUGGGGUUCGGGCUUUGAAAUGGAGCCGGCGAUAACGGCCACCAAUGAAACAUCUCGGGCAGCCGGCGACGAGCCUGUGAGGAUAGGAAACCAUCAGGACUGGAUGACAUCAGCAGCUUUCUCACCACCCGCUUCCCCGGAGCUGCGGUACGGGCCUCAACCGGACAAGUGCUCGGUCCACUUCAGCACCACGGCUACUUCGGCUCGACGGCUGAAGGCCCAGAGAGAGCAGCUGGCCUAUCUGCAGGCCGUCCAGCACGCAAACAAGGCGGUGAUAGAGAACCUGGAGCAGUUUGUGGGGGCGGAGCUGGGAGAUCAGACCUACGAAGACCUGAUUAGGGAAAAUGUCGUUGGCAUCGCAGAGGACAACAGCAGUUGCCACGAGGUGGUGGAGAAGGCUGAGGAGGAUAUGCAAAAGCAGCUGGAAGGGGAGGAGUCGAGCGCUGGAAUGCAGAGAAUGCGGGACGGGGCUUCGGCCUUUGAAGACUUGCUCCGUGUUGCCGGAGACAUCGCCAACCGGCUGGAGACGUCCUCGCAGGCCCUGCACGCUUCGUUCAGCAAGCAGCUGAAAGACACAAGAUUCAUCGCUAAGGAAGUGUCGGGAAAAGUUAGAGGUCCGUUGUCAUCUUCCAACUGAGGAUGUUUCACGCGUGAGACCAGAAGCUCUACGAUCCAAUAUUUUAAGUGAAUUAAGAUCAAACAAUAUGUAAACGUCAGGCAUUACUUCAACUGUAAUUGACAGGAAGGUUAAGAUAAUUAAGGAUUUGCAAAGCAAAGAAAUCAUUGUUGAGCAAAAGAAAAUGCUAUUAAAAACUCCUAUUAAAUGUUAUUUUCCAUCCAGGCGCCAUUUGUGGGAAUGGUUGGGUUCAAAUGUGGUAACAGUAUGUGGUGCUGGUUUGAGCCAAGUUGAUUGGCCGUCAGAGACCAAACACAACGGCCGUGUUUGUCCUCUGCAGAAGAAGGGACGGGAGGACCAUCUGGUUCCAGGGUGAGGAUGGAGGGCCGGGAUACGCUUUAGGAUGACUGGUGGCUUCCAGAGGGAAAAUGUGUUUUUGUAACAAUAAAAAGUCAAGCUGUGA